AUGAAAGACAGGGAAUGCAUUCCCGGACCCAAACCUCUGCCGGUGGUGGGAAAUCUAUUCGACAUCGACCUCGAACAUGGCCUACAGUCCAUUAUUAAGAUGGCCGAUGAAUUUGGACCCCUCUUCCAAAUCAGCGUCAACGGCGAGAAGCUGAUAUUUGCCACCAGCCAAGCCCUGGUCGAUGAGCUCUGUGACGAAACCCGCUUCCACAAGGCCGUCGUCGGUGGAGUCAAGAAGUUACGAAUGCUGGCCAAUGACGGCCUCUUUACUGCCCACCAAGGAGAGCGCGGCUGGGGCAUUGCCCAUCGGAUUCUGAUGCCUGCCUUUGGCCCGCUACGUAUCCGGGACAUGUUCGAUGAUAUGAACGAUAUCGCGCAACAGUUAUGUUACAAGUGGGCCCGCCAGGGCAGUUUGACCAGUAUCAAUAUCACCGAUGACUUCACACGCCUCACAUUAGACACCAUCGCCCUCUGCACGAUGGGCUUCCGGCUGAAUAGUUUUUACCACAGCGAAACUAUACAUCCGUUUGUAGAAUCCAUGCUGUACGUGCUGAAGGAAGCCGACAUACAGGCCGCGCUUCCUGAGAUCGCAAACUCCAUGCGCGUCAACGCACAGCGGCGCAUGUCCAAGAACAUCGAGUCGAUGAGGAGCAUGGCCCGCGACAUCAUCAAAGAGCGCAGAGACAAACCAGAGUCGGUUGACGACCUCCUGAACACGCUGCUGAACGGGCGCGACCCAGUCACAGGCGAAGGCAUGAGCGAUGACUUGAUCAUCAGCAACAUCAUCACCUUUCUGAUCGCGGGCCACGAGACCACCUCCGGCCUGCUCUCAUUCACAUUCUACUACCUGUUGCAACACCCACAGGUCCUCGAUCGGGCCCGGAACGAAGUCGAUAAGGUCGUUGGCAUGGACCCGAUCACGAUAAACCAUCUCUCAAAGCUUCCCUACAUCGACGCCAUCAUGAAGGAGAGUCUGCGUCUGAUGCCUACCGCCCCGGCCUUCACAGUCACCCCGAAGAAGACAGAGCUGCUGGGCGGGAAAUGGACGAUCAGUCCCAGACAGGCUAUCAACGUGCUGCUGCCUGUCUGUCAGCGAGACCAGACUGUCUUCGGGCCCGACGCGGGCGAGUUCCGCCCGGAACGCAUGCUGGAAGAGAAUUUCUCCAAGCUCCCACCAAACUCGUGGAAGCCCUUUGGCAACGGCCAACGCGGCUGCAUCGGGAGGGCUUUUGCCUGGCAGGAAGCCCAACUGGUGGUUGCCUUGGUCCUUCAAACAUUUGACUUGGUAGCGGAGGACCCGUCUUAUGAACUGCACAUCAAAGAGACUCUUACUAUCAAACCCGAUGGUUUCCGAGUCCGGGCCACGUUGCGUCGCGGUCAGAGCGCUACGGGGCUAUCCCAGCGCAGGAUGUCGGGCGCUGCUGUAAGCCUGGCGUCGUCAACUCGUCUUACCGGGGACGGAGAUGACCAACAGGCAGCAGCAGGGGAGCCGGUUUCCUUCUUCUACGGCUCCAACAGCGGAACAUGCAAAGCCCUCGCCCACCGGCUGGCAUCAACCAUGAUGGCCCGCGGCUUUACCAACCAGAAACUCGCCCCACUUGACAGUGCCGUCGACAACCUGCCAAGAGAUCAGCCGGUGAUCAUCGUAACCACCACCUAUGACGGGCAGCCCACGGACGAUGCAAAGAGGUUUGUUGCCUGGCUCGAAAGCGACAAUGUUCCGUCUCUCCAAGGUGUCUCCUACGCAGUCUUCGGCUGCGGCCACCAAGACUGGUCCAAAACAUUCUAUCGCAUCCCGAUCUUGAUCGACGACCUGAUGCACAAGGCCGGAGCCAAGCGUCUCGCGACGCGGGGCGCAGCGAAUGCCGCUGUCAGCGAUCUUUUCUCGGAUCUCGAAGCAUGGGAAGAAACCAGCCUGCUGCCCGCCCUCCGCAAGACAUUCCUCCCAUCCAGCAGCAGCGACAUCGAGCCACUCGACCCUCACCAGUUUCAAAUCCACCUCAGCAAGCCCACAAGGGUGGGCUUGCACCAGGACCUCAUCGAGGCCAAGGUGACUGCCGUCCGGAUCCUAACUAGCCCCGGAGCCCCGGAGAAGCGCCACGUAGAAUUCAACAUCCCGGGCGAAGCCACCCUGCACCCUGGCGAUCAUGUCAAUGUCCUCCCGGUCAAUCCGCCAAGCACGGUCUGGAGAGUCCUGGCUCGAUUCCAUCUCGCACCUGAUCACAGCAUAACGAUCAAGUCAUUCAACGCGCUCGGUCUGCCUCAUGCCACGCCUGUGUCGGCGAGCGAGCUGUUCAGCUCGUAUCUGGAGCUAUCCCAACCGGCAACGCGGAAUAAUCUCAAAGCACUCAUCUCGUCCGCACCGUCAGAUGGGGACAAACAAGAGCUGCUCCGUCUCCAGCAUUCCUACGAUGCACUUAUCAGAGAUAAGCGAGUCUCAGUCUUGGACCUCCUCGAAAAAUUCCCCUCUAUCCCACUCCCUAUCGCUACAUUCAUCCCUAUGCUUUCCCCUUUGCGCGUCCGCACAUACUCCCUUUCUAUGGCCCCCUCCUACAAGCCCUCCUAUGGCUCUCUCACCUUCUCCGUCGUCAACGAACCAGCAUGGAACGGCAAUGGCCGGUAUUUGGGCGUCGGAUCGAACUAUCUCGCCUCGCUCACACUAGGGUCGGUUCUCUACAUAUCACCACGACCAGCUAAGGACGCCUUCCAUCUCCCGAUGGAUCAUUCCAGCAAACCAAUCAUAAUGGCCUGCGCGGGAAGCGGCCUUGCCCCCUUCCGCAGCUUUGUCCAAGAACGCAUGGUCUGGCUGAAACAGGGCAAACCACUCGCAAAGGCGCUGUUGUUUUUCGGUUGUCGCGGUCCCCAUAUGGAUGAUCUUUACCACGAGGAAUUAUCCGAGUUUGAAUCCGCGGGCGUGGUCGAGGUCCGCAGGGCGUAUAGUCAAGCCCCGGACCACUACCUGGCCAAGGGAUGUCGGUAUGUGCAACACCGGUUGGUGGAGGAAACUGAGGCUAUCCAGGAUCUGUGGGCUCGGAAUGCGACAUUCUAUGUCUGCGGUUCGGGGAAUCUGGCCAAGGGGGUCAAGGCCGCGUUGGAGGAUAUGCUGGGGACGUUGUCCGAGGAGCGAUAUGUUACGGAGAUUUUCUAG